AUGGUUUUGGAACCAAUUGCUGCGAGUAACCCUAGCGGUGUCACAGCGCCACCACCAAAAUCAACCCAAAUCGAGAAUUCGAGCAGAGAAGUGAAAAGCGUCGACUCGUUUUGGCCAAUAUCCAGUAGUCACCAUGGAAGCGGAAGCAACCCGUCACGGCUGUACGCCACGUUGUAUUACGCCAACAUCACAGCAGACGAGGCGUCGCUGGAGGGACGUUCCAGGUCCUACAUCGACAUCGUCAAUGACGGCAGACUGGACGGCGACACCUCAUUCACGUGGAUCUUCAACAUCACACCCGCCAUUUUACAGGAAGCGGUCAUUCUGGAGUAUUUUGGGAACGGAAUGGGACCCGGAGUCCAGUUUUUGCAGGUUAACGAGUCCCUCAAAGUGAAGAUUUUUGACGAUUUAGGCAACUUUGUGGAUGAAGCUAUAGAAGAUGCCGUGCUGAGUAUAGGAAGUUGGAACUUUGUUGGGUUUAACUAUAUUCCAGAACGAGGCGAUGUCAGCAUCAUCAAGGACACCAUUGCCACGACUCAUCACAUCACGGACAGCAACCCUGAAGCCAAUGCGCUCGGCAAUGUCCGGAUCGGAGCCUCGACGGAAGGAAGUUUGCCCUUCGAAGGAUCCGUUAACUGCAUACAGUUUUACGAGCUGGCUCUCGUGGACAAAGCUUUACUCAAACCGAUCACGUUCUGUGACCCAAACCUGUGGAGCCCGGAUGUACUCGUUUCAGACUACUGGUCGAGACCCAUCAAGGAGGAAUGCAUCACCUACAAGAAAACAGAAAACAACCAUGCGUUCGAUUCGUCAUCCGUAGUAAUUCUGACAGCGAGUGGCACAUCCUUAGUCCAGUGUGUUGUCCACUGCCUGCGAGAACAGAACUGCGCUGCGUUCACUUUAGACGUCGCUGGGACGUGCACGUUGGCUGCAAAUGGUGGUCCAGUUGGUGCCAUCAGUGGUGGUUUCUCGGGCACGGGGCAACCAGGCACCCUCGUUAAUGGUGUCUUUGGAAUCUGGGGGUCGACAGGUGAUCCAGGGUGGACCAUAUUGCUGAAGGGUGUGUCCGGUGUACCUGGUGACUUGUACAGUCUUUGGGCCGGUCCAAAGACACUGAACACAAACCAGCCUAAAGCGUGGGAUUUCACCAACCAUUUCAAGGGCCACUACAAACCUGAAGCCAGCAACCACUGGAAUAGGUGCAGCUUUGAUAAAGUUAAACUCUCCAUCUACAAGGCUGGAAAGGAGAAGGCCAACAUUGUGUUCAAUGCCAGAGGCGCCACCAAGAUGAACUGGAUGGAUCCCAGUCGAAUAAUAUCGUCCACUUUCAGUGAUAUAAAGAAUGCACCACAUGAUGUUUUCGGCAUUCGAGGUGAUACAAAUCGUGGACGUGAAUUCUACGCAAGCAGUGCAAGUGGAAUUGGUUGUGACCAGACGGGCUGGAUCAUGGUAUCCACCAAAAACAACUGUUUCUAUGAGGGACUGAGCCAGAAACCAGCUUUCUUAUACUCCACCACCGGAAUCCGAACACGAUGGGGAUCUGCAGGAUUGCCAGGAGAGGGAGACGUGAUGGUGAUAUCAGGUCAUGGAGGACACUGUAUGGCCAAUAACACAAAUUCACAGUCAUUGAAGUGUCUGUACAAGGGCAAGUCGUACAGCACCGGAGACAACUGGCAGGACGGCUGUGACUACAACUGUACGUGUGUUGACGAGCAGACCAACUUCUACCAGUGCAACGAGCUCUGUCCACACAUCAAUGUACCACCACAUUGCCAUCUUGUGAAGAAACCUGGUUCUUGUUGUUCUGUAGCGAAAUGCGAUCAGUCUCAUGAUGGGUGCUUUUACAAGAACCACUUCUACACCCAAGGCCAAAUCUGGGAAGAUGGCUGUGACUACAGGUGCCGGUGUGAGGAUGCUCAGAGAGGCUUCUACCAGUGUAAAACAAAAUGUCUGCAAUGGCAGCUUCCUAGCCAGUGCCACCUAGCAAGUCCUCCAGCGGGUAAGUGCUGCCCUGUCCCGACAUGUCCUCCAGGAUAUAUCAUCAACUACCCGCCGGGCUAUAAACAAGAAUGAAGUAACUGAAAAUCACUUAAUGUAUUAUAAAUAAACUAAUCUGUAAUGAAAAAUUCUGAUUGUUGAACCAUAUGUAUGUAUUACCAUAUUGCAUGAAUAACAUUUUAUACAGCU